AGUAGAUUAUAGGGAAUUCCCUAUUAUCUACUCCUGGUAAUAUGCUGGAGCGGGUCACAUAUAGGCCUACUCUCACAGUCAAAGUCCUUUCUAUGUUUAUCACCUAUUGUUUCUCAUUCUCAAGGCUCCGAAUCAGACCCAAGAGGGUGCAUGGAAGAUGUAGUAAGUCUCUUGGGUGUAUAUUGGUGCUAUGAUAUAUUAUUUAUUAUAUGUACAUGUUUACCUUUUUAUAAUGAAUAGGAGCAGACAUCAUCAUGCAAUUGGACGAUGUUGUUUCCAGUACUAUAUCUGGUCCAAGAGUUGAAGAAGCAAUGUGGAGAUCCAUAAGGUGGCUGGAUAGAUGCAUAGCAGCACAUAAAAAGACAGACCAACAAAAUUUGUUUGCGAUAGUGCAGGGUGGCUUAGAUACAAAACUUCGCACAUCAUGUAUAAAAGAGAUGAUAAAGAGGGAUGUUCCCGGCUUUGCCAUUGGCGGUCUUAGUGGCGGGGAAGAAAAGAAACACUUCUGGAAGAUGGUAACCCUUUCCACUGACUACCUGCCAAAGAACAAGCCCGUAUACCUUAUGGGUGUUGGGUUCUCUGUCGAUCUCGUGGUGUGCUGUGCACUUGGAUGUGACAUGUUUGAUUGCGUCUUUCCAACUCGUACUGCA